AUGGAGCAGUCACAGUGUGGCAGCAGAGACCGCAGCGGCAGCGGCCGACCCCACUUGGCCCCGGGGCUGGUGACUGCUGCCCCUCCAACCCCGUCUUCAGCGUUGCCAGUACCCUCGGGGAUACCAGUUCCUCCAACUUUCCUGCGGCCACCCAGCCUCUUUCUGCGGGCAGCCGCAGCCGCCACGGGAAGCGGAGGCUGUCGGUCGGCUCCGGGACUGGAGAGGGGUGUGGGUGCGGUGAGCUGCGGCUACCCGCGGACACCCAAAUGCGCCCGUUGUCGCAACCAUGGCGUCGUGUCGGCACUCAAGGGCCACAAACGCUUCUGCCGCUGGCGGGACUGCGCCUGUGCCAAGUGCACCCUGAUCGCCGAGCGCCAGCGCGUCAUGGCUGCCCAGGUGGCGCUGCGCCGGCAACAGGCCCAGGAAGAGAGUGAGGCCCGGGGGCUGCAGAGGCUCCUGUACCCUGGUCCCUGCGGGCCGGGGGGUCGGACAUCCGGAAGCAACAGCAACAGAAUGGAGAAUUCCCAGGCCUCCAGCGGCCCUGCGGCGGUGACAGCAAUGGAACUGAGUGCCUUGAGGCAGGCUAGUCUGGCGACGCCUGCUUUCCAAGUAGUCCAUCCAGAUAACGCGGAGCUAAAGCAAGAACUAAAAGAGAGUAAAUGUGACUCAUGCCAGAGUGGACAAGAAGAGCCAGUCUCUAAAUCCCAUCAGUGUACUUUGGGAUCAUCUCCUAAGUCUAAUGGUGUCAUUGGAAAACAAAACAUCAGGCCAUCUAUUUCAGAAAGCUCAAACAAGGAAGAUAGUAUUCAGCCUCUUCACCUUGGGGAGCUAUCAGGAGGGGAAGAGAGUCCCAGAUCCCUGUCAUCAUCUGAUCUGGAAUCAGGAAAUGAAAGUGAGUGGGCCAAAGACUUCAUUGCUGCCAGAGCCAGCCUUCCCACACUGUCCUCAAGACCAAGAGACCCUCUUGAUAUCCUUACCAGGAUUUUUCCAAGUUAUAGGCGUAGCCGGCUAGAAGGCAUUCUGCGCUUCUGCAAAGGGGAUGUGGUUCAAGCCAUUGAACAGGUCCUAAAUGGGAAGGAACACCAACCAGACACCAGGGACCUAGCAAGCUCAGGAGAACUGGAAAAUACAGCUUUUCAGAGAGCGUCAAAUUUUAGUUUAGGUGGAAUUGGUUUUGGAACUCUAGGGAAUAAAUCAGCUUUCUCUCCUCUUCAGACUGUUUCUGCUUCUUAUGGAGGUGAUUCAGGUCUCUACAGCUUAAGUCCUAGACUAGGUAUCAAUCCUUUACGGCUGGCAUAUUCCUCUCCAGGAAGAGGGCUCUCUGGUUUUAUGUCUCCUUACCUAACUCCGGGGUUGGUACCAGCAUUGCCUUUUCGACCAGCUUUGGAUUAUGCAUUUUCAGGAAUGAUUAGGGAGUCUUCCUACCUUCCCAGUAAAGACUCAGUAACUGGUGGCAGAUUGUAUUCCAGGCCAAGUGAGGACAAUCUGUAGUAUUUCUUCCUAUUCUCCCUUUUUGGAGUAUUUCUAGAAGCAUGCAAUUCAGCUCACACACCCACACCUAUUAAUGUGUACACUAUUUAAUGU